AUGCUUUCAAUGGAGGUACUGGUAUUGGUAAUCACAGGAGAAGAUUUUUCAGUUGUUGCUUCUGACACUCGAUGGAGUGAAGCAUUUUUAAUUCACACCUGGGAAAGCCCCAAGUGUUACAAAUUAACAGACAAAACAGUCAUUGGAUGCAGCGGUUUUCAUGGCGACUAUCUUACCCUGACCAAGAUGACUGAUGCAAGACUAAAGAUGUAUAAGCAUUCUAAUAACAAGACCAUGAUUACAGGGGCAAUUGCUGCCAUGCUGUUGACAAUCCUCUAUUCGAGGCACUUCUUUCCAUACUAUGUUUACAACAUCAUCCGGGGACUGGGUGAAGGGAAAGGAGCUGUGUACAACUUUGACCUGGUCGGGUCCUACCACAGAGACUCUUUCAAGACUGGAGGCUCAGCAGGGGCCACGCUACAGCCCGUGCUUGACCACCAGGUUGGUUUUAAGAACAUGCAGAAUAUGGACCAUGUCCCACUGUCCUUGGACAGAGUCGUGCGUCUUGUGAAAGAUGUCUUCAUUUCUGCGGUGGAGAGGGACGGUUUCACUGGGGGUGCACUGGGAUCUGCAUCAUGA